AUUUUCCAUCUUUUUAUGCUAAGAAGAAUUCCAAGAUUUGCAAAAUGUAUGGCAUUAGGUGGCAUUGGGUUUUCCGCUAUAUAUAACAUGGACAAUCGUACUGAAGCCAAAUUACUGCAAAGGAGUCUCCGAACUUUUUAUAAUGGACUUAUCCUCGCGGUGGAUUACAAAUUAUAUGGCGGCGACAUUCAACAAUUACCAGCACUUCAUGAACGGGUUGCUAAUCGCAUGUUCAAUGUAUUUGAAAAGAACGGUGGAUUGUAUAUCAAGAUUGGUCAAGUCAUUGCUGCUCAAUCGGCUAUAUUACCUACAGCUUACCAGCGUCGUGCAAAGUCGCUUUUGGAUAGUGCCCCAGAAGUCGCCUUGUCGUCUAUCGAACAAGUUUUUUUAGAAGAUUACGGUACAUUGCCUCAAGACCUUUUUACUGAUUUUGAUCCUCAUCCUGUUGCUUCUGCGUCCAUUGCACAAGUACAUAAAGCCGUGCUUCCUUCUGGUCAAGUCGUUGCUGUCAAGGUUCAAAAGCCAGCUGUACAGAAACAAAUUGGAUGGGAUUUGUAUGCUCUUCGUGCCUUGCUCCAUCUUUAUGAAUAUAUUUUUGAACUUCCAUUGACGUUUACUGCUGAUUAUAUUGAACAACAUAUAAGAAAAGAAGUGGAUUUUGAAAAUGAAGCAAGGAAUGGACAAAGAUCACGACAUCAUCUAGAACAACAAUCACAAUUGGAAGGCAAGGUUUAUAUUCCAAAGGUAUAUCCAGAGUAUAGCACUAGACGUGUUCUCGUUUGUGAAUGGGUGGAUGGCGUACAACUGACAGAUAUGGAAAAAAUCACUGCACUUGGAUUGGAUUACAAAGAAGCCAUGAAGAUCUCUAUAGAAGCUUUUUCAAGUCAAAUCUUUAUCAGUGGUUUUGUUCAUGGGGAUCCGCAUGCUGGUAAUGUUUUGGUUGCUCCACAUCCCAAAAACAAGAAAAAGGUACAAGUCAUAUUGGUGGAUCAUGGUCUUUAUGUACAAGAAUCAGAAAAAUUUCGGAUACAAUAUUGCAAAUUAUGGCAAGCUUUAUUUAUGCUCGACUUGAAGACAAUGACAGAAAUAUGUAGUGAAUGGGGGAUUCAUGACGUGAAUAUGUUCGCAUCUAUUAUACUUCAAAAACCAUUUGUGGAAAAUAAAGCUGUACAUCUCCAACAAACAAGUUUGCAAGAUAUCUAUGAAUUCCAAAGUGGGGUCAAGGAACGACUGAAACAUUUUCUAGAAGAUCAACAACAAUUUCCUCAGGAGCUCAUUUUUUUAUUACGGAACAUGGAGAUUGUACGAGCAAAUAACAAAACGGUAGGCAGUCCAGUCAAUCGAUUGAAUAUCAUGGCAAGAUGGGCAGUACGUGGGAUUGAUGACUAUGAUGAAGAAGCUAACAGAUAUCAUCAUCAUCGAUUGGGAUUACAACAUCAAUUACGGGCGACUUGGCGUAGAUUUAUCUUUAGUUUCAACUUGUUCCUGAUGAGUCUUGGUUUUUGGUUGGUGAAACUUCGGCAAAAUACAAGCAGGAUUCUCUUUGGUACCAAGAUACCAGGAUUUGAAGAAUUAUUGGAUCAACGCAUGAAAGAACAGAUGUAUUUACAAUAUGGAAUUCAAAUUGAUGAAAAUGUGUUUGAUGCUUGAAAUAGACUAGAUUUUUUUUUUAUAUAUACUUCCUCAAUAAAAUAGCUUACAUUGAAUAAAAUACCCUCACUCAUUAGACUAUAGUGUAUGAAUAGGAUACAAAAUUACAAUAAAAUGGAAUGAUUGUAUAAAUUGUACAAAUUGGAUUAUUUUUCUAUUCUUUUUGUAAGUUUUAUGCAGGAC